GAGGAGGAGCUUGUGCUGCCGCUGCCACCUCCACUUCGUCCCGGCGGGCGCUUGGUCGUAGGUCCUCGCCCGGGCCCAGCCGCGCUGCGCUCCUCAUGAGCGGCGGCGGCUGAUGAGGCUUCGCCCCGAGCGGAGGUUCAAAUUAUCAAACACAGAUUUUCUUUUCACUAUUGAAGCAUUCUGGUUGAUCAUCCCUUCAUCCCUAAGCAGUGCCUCAGUCUAACUUGAUAGUUUCAGAACCAUGGCAACAGAAGAAAAAAAACCAGAAGCAGAAGCCACAAAAACACAAUCUACACCUUCCUCAUCAACCAAUCAGAGCAAGCCUGCACCUGUAAAGCCAAAUUACGCAUUAAAGUUCACACUAGCAGGACACACUAAAGCUGUAUCUUCGGUAAAGUUUAGUCCAAAUGGAGAAUGGUUAGCAAGUUCUUCUGCAGAUAAGCUCAUUAAAAUUUGGGGAGCAUAUGAUGGAAAAUUUGAGAAAACAAUAUCUGGGCACAAACUGGGAAUUUCGGAUGUUGCCUGGUCAUCAGAUUCUAAUCUUCUUGUGUCUGCUUCGUGUCUUAAGAUAUGGGAUGUUAGUUCUGGAAAGUGUCUAAAAACACUGAAGGGUCACAGUAAUUAUGUCUUUUGCUGCAACUUCAAUCCCCAAUCCAACCUCAUCGUUUCAGGAUCUUUUGAUGAAAGCGUAAGAAUAUGGGAUGUAAAAACAGGAAAGUGCCUCAAGACAUUACCUGCUCAUUCUGAUCCUGUUUCAGCUGUUCAUUUUAAUCGUGAUGGAUCCUUGAUAGUAUCAAGUAGUUAUGAUGGUCUCUGUCGAAUCUGGGAUACAGCAUCAGGUCAAUGUUUAAAAACACUUAUUGAUGAUGAUAAUCCUCCUGUGUCUUUUGUGAAAUUCUCUCCAAAUGGUAAAUACAUUCUUGCUGCAACUUUGGACAACACUCUUAAGCUAUGGGACUACAGCAAAGGGAAGUGCCUGAAGACAUACACUGGUCACAAGAAUGAGAAAUACUGCAUUUUUGCUAAUUUUUCAGUCACUGGUGGAAAGUGGAUUGUGUCUGGAUCAGAAGAUAACCUGGUUUACAUUUGGAACCUUCAGACAAAAGAGAUCGUUCAGAAAUUACAAGGCCAUACAGAUGUUGUGAUUUCAACAGCUUGUCACCCUACAGAAAACAUCAUUGCAUCAGCUGCAUUAGAAAAUGACAAAACAAUUAAACUCUGGAAGAGUGACUGUUAAGCCCUUUCAAUAUCAUGUUAGAGACUGUAUCAAGAAGAAGUAGAUUCUAUGAGGCAAGAAACUAAGAUAUUUGAGAAUGGUUUCUUGGCCUAAAGGGAAAUCCCUCUUUUUCUUCCCUGGAAUGGGUAGCCUGGUGAGAAGAGGCAGCAUCUGCCUUAUUUGACAUAUGGAUCCUUUUCUUAUUUUUUUGUUUUAAGGGGAAAAAUUUUGCUUGUAUUACUAGAAGGUCCCCAAAGACUUUGGUGAUGCUUCUUGCCAACUCUCCUGAUGCUGUCAAAGGAGGAGUUUCAAUCUAUAUUGUGUAUAAAUCGAGUCAGCAAAAACCUGAAUUUUUAAUUUUUUAUUACAGAAGGAUAAAUUUCAUUUCAUCAUGAAUUUUUCCUCAACUAAAUGUUCUGUAAU